AUGUAUCAGGCUGCAGACCCGCCGGCCCGAACCCGCCCGAAAGCCAUCGAGCUUAUGUCGAUCGACCCAGGGCCAGAUGCUGAUGAUCAAUCUGACCCUCCGGCAACUGACUUCUUCCAACAAUUCGACUUGGCAACACUCGAAAUGACGUCCAUUCCAUCCUACAAGGUUGAAUUAGAUUUUGCUGUAGAACUUGCACACAAGGCCGGCGAAAUCAUGCUUCGAGCAUCAAAGGAUCGCGCCGGAGGAAGGGGUGGCACGGUCAAUGACAAGAAAAAUCGAAUCGAUCUGGUCACGGAGACAGAUCAAAUGGUCGAAAAGAUGGUCUCCGAAUUACUUCGCGAAAAAUUCCCUGAUCACAAGUUUAUCGGCGAAGAAACCUUUGCUGCGGAUGCUAAGGCAGAGCUAACAAAUGCCCCGACGUGGAUAUGUGAUCCCGUGGACGGCACAACAAAUUUUGUUCACGGUUUCCCAUCCGUAUGUAUCAGCAUUGGCUGGGUUGUCAACAAGAUUCCAACUUUGGGAGUGAUCUAUAACCCAUUCCUGUCGCAGCUUUAUACCGCUGUUCGUGGGCACGGUGCCUUCUUCAAUCAAGAAACGCGAUUGCCUUUAUCAUAUCCGGAUUACCUGCCAUUGGCAAAACUUUCGGAUGCGCUAGUAGGGGUGGAGUGGGGUUCUGAUCGCAGCAAAUCAACUCUGGAAAAGAAAACGAACACUUUUGUUAAGCUUGCUGGUGAUCCUAAAGAUGUACCCGGAGGCGUGAUGUGCCACUCUUUAAGAUCGAUGGGGUCCGCUGCUCUCAACUAUGCCUCAGUUGCUUCAGGGAGCUUAGAUUUGUACUGGGAGAUUGGAUGUUGGGCUUGGGACGUUUGCGCUGGAACGGUAAUUGCGCGUGAGGCGGGCUGCAAAUGUUACGGGAAAGGUGGAAAACCGUUCGACGCCGACGGUUCGGGCCAAGACCUGAUGGGUCAUCAUUUCUUUGUGAUCAGAGGAAUUGCAGACCAUGACGGUGUCCCCGGAUCAGAGAUUCAAGAUCGACUCGCAAAGCAGUUCUUUGAUGACAUUGCGGAGGAAUGGGAGGCAUGA